AUGGAAGAUAUUAGCAAUAUAUUUCACAAUGACCUGCUCCCAUCUCUAGGAGCAAAAGCAAACGAGUCAAUCAAGUUGAGGAAAUUCAUCAUUUCUCCUUAUGAUUCGUGUUACAGAACCUGGGAGACGUUCUUGCUUGUGCUUGUUGUUUACUCAGCAUGGAUCUGUCCAUUUGAGCUAGCAUUUCUGAGACAUCUCUCAUGGGUGCUUUUUCUGGUUGAGAACAUUGUCAACAGCUUCUUUGCUAUAGAUAUCAUCCUAACCUUUUUCCUGGCAUACCUUGAUAAAAAAUCAUAUCUUCUAGUGGAUAAUCCGAAAAGGAUUGCAGCAAGAUAUAUCUCCUCUUGGUUCAUUUUUGACGUUUGCUCAACAAUUCCAUAUCAAGCGUUUGGUCUACUAUUUAAAAAGCAUGCAAAUGGCCUCGCUUACAGAAUUCUUAACAUGCUACGGUUAUGGCGCCUUCGUCGCCUCAGUGAUCUAUUUGCCAGACUAGAAAAGGAUAUUAGGUUGGACUACUACUGGAUAAGGUGCAUCAAACUAAUAUCUGUUACUCUUUUUACAGUACAUUGUUCAGGAUGUUUCAAUUACCUGAUAGCUGAUAGAUACCCCAAUCCAGCAAGAACCUGGAUAGGAGCAGCAAGACCAGACUACAGAUCAGAGAGCCUAUGGGUUCGAUAUGUUACAUCGAUUUAUUGGUCUAUUACAACACUUACAACAACUGGUUAUGGAGACUUGCAUGCAGAGAAUCCAAGAGAGAUGUUAUUCAGUAUAUGCUACAUGCUGUUUAAUCUGGGACUGACAGCAUACCUCAUAGGAAACAUGACAAAUCUGGUUGUCCAGGGAAGUUGCCGUACCAGAAAUUUCAGGGACACAAUCCAUGCAGCUUCCCAGUUUGCCUCAAGAAAUCAGUUACCUGAAUACAUAAGGGAUGAAAUGCUAUCUCAUAUUUGCCUAAGGUAUAAGACAGAGAGUCUGAAACAGAAGGAAACUUUGGACAGUCUCCCCAAGGGAAUCCGAUCAGGCAUAGCAUACCACUUAUUCUUCCCUGUCAUUGAAAAAGUGUACCUUUUUCGUGGUGUUUCUUAUACUUGCAUGCUCCAACUGGUCACUGCAAUGGAAGCAGAGUACUUUCCACCGAGAGAACUUGUGAUACUACAAAAUGAAGCACCGACAGAUGUUUACAUAUUAGUUUCCGGAGCAGUGGAAGAACGAUUCGUGAUUGAUGGGGUUGAAAACGUCCAGGGAGUAAUGUACGCUGGCGAAAUAUUUGGUGAAAUUGGGGCUCUGUGCAGUGUUCCCCAGCCAUUUACAAUCUGUACAACCAAAAUUUCACAACUCCUGAGGGUGAGCACAACUGUGCUAAAAAAUAUUAUAGAGGAAAACAAAGACGACGAACAAAUUGUACUUAACAAUAUUUUCCAGAAAACAGCCCAAGAUCAAAGAUUCUCUACUGAGGUUAGCGGGAAAUUUCUUGGAAAACUCAAUCAAGAAUUCAGAAAGCCCAACAACUAUUCAGCCUUCAAUCAAGUCGGUCAAGAAAAUGAAUCAGAAGCAAAAGGAAGAGUAACAUCAUGUUGCAGAAAUGAGCGCUGUAAAGAACUCAACGAAUCAGAGAGAUGCAAUCAUGUAACUAUUCACAAAACUGCAAAACAGGAUGACUUCAACAUAAUCAAUAGUUUUCCUGCUAAAGGUGAAAGCAAGGAAAAACAUAUUCUCACAAAUUUGAUGUUUAUGGAGUCUGUGUACAGAGGAGAGGCAGAUGUUCAUCGACAAAUAUUACCUGACAGUAGCCUGACAAGAUCUGAAGAGGAUGGCAGUUCUGUGGUUUUAGAAAUAAAGAGAGUGACAAUUCAUGUAUAUCCACAGCAGAACAAAAAAUAUGUGCCCUGUGCAAAAGUUAUAAAACUACCAGGAUCUCUGGAUGAACUUUUCAACAUAGCUUGUCAGAAGUUCUCUGGCUAUUGCCCAACCAAAGUGUUCAAUCAAGAAUUUGCAGAAAUUGAUGAUGUUACAGUUAUUCGAGAUGGUGACCGUUUGUUUCUUAUGGAAUCUUGA